CCGCGGGGCCCCGUUAAAGCGGCGGCGGCCGGAGGCGGCGGCCGGAGGCGACGGCGAUGGGCAGCGAGGGGGAGCGGGGCCCGGCGGCGGGCCCGGGCCCGGGGCAGGGUGACCCGCGGGCGCUGCGGAGGGACUGCCAGCACCGAAUUUUCGUCAACCGGAGCCUGGCGCUGGAGAAGAUCAAGUGCUUCGGCUUCGACAUGGACUACACCCUGGCCAUGUACAAGUCCCCCGACUACGAGGAGCUGGCCUUUGCCCUGCUGCUGGAGCACCUCGUCUCUAUCGGGUACCCCCACGAGAUCCUCGCCUACAAGUAUGACCCCACCUUCCCCACUCGGGGGCUGGUGUUCGAUGCCCUGUACGGGAACCUGCUGAAGGUGGACUCCCACGGGAACCUGCUGGUCUGCGCCCAUGGCUUCCGCUUCCUCAAGGGGGCCGAAAUCCUCCACUAUUACCCCAACAAGUUCAUCCAGCGGGACGACAUGAAGCGCUUCCACAUCCUCAACACCCUCUUCAACCUCACGGAGGCCCACCUCUACGCCUGUCUCGUGGACUUCUUCACCAACUGCUCCAGAUACGUCAACUGUGACACUGGCUACAAGCACGGGAACCUCUUCAUGUCCUUCCGUAGCAUGUUCCAGGACGUGCGCGAGGCCAUGGACCACGUCCACCUCUCGGGCUGCCUGAAGGAGAAGACACUGGAGAACCUGGAGAAAUAUGUGGUGAAGGAUCCCCGGGUGCCACUGCUGCUGAGCCGCAUGAAGGAGGUGGGGAAGGUCUUUCUGGCCACCAACAGCGACUACAACUACACUGAUGCCAUUAUGUCCUACCUGUUCGACUUCAGUGAUGAGGACAAGGCCGAGACCCCGCUGCGCCCCUGGCGAUCCUAUUUUGAUCUCAUCGUGGUGGACACCCGCAAGCCACUCUUCUUCGCUGAGGGCACCGUCCUGCGCCAAGUCAACACGGACACGGGGAAGCUGCGCAUCGGGACGUACACCGGCCCGCUCCAGCACUGCGCCGUCUAUUCCGGUGGCUCCUCGGACGUGGUGUGUGACCUGCUGGGUGUGAAGGGAAAAGACAUCCUCUACAUGGGGGACCACAUCUUCGGGGACAUCCUCAAGUCCAAGAAGCGUCAGGGCUGGCGCACCUUCCUGGUGGUGCCUGAGCUGGCCCGUGAGCUGCAGGUCUGGACGGAGAAGAGCGAGCUGUUUGAGGAGUUGCGGAACCUGGACCUCUUCCUGGCGGAGCUGUACCAGCACUUGGACAGCGGCAGCAGUGAGCGCCCAGACAUCAGCUCCAUCAAGCGUCGGAUCCAGAAAGUCACGCACGAGAUGGACAUGUGCUACGGGAAGAUGGGUAGCCUGUUCCGCUGCGGCUCGCGUCAGACGCUCUUUGCCAACCAGUUGAUGCGCUACGCAGAUCUCUAUGCCGCCUCCUUCAUCAACUUCCUCUACUACCCCUUCAGCUACCUCUUCCGGGCACCCCCUGUCCUGAUGGCACACGAGUCGACAGUGGAGCAUGGCCGCCUGGACGUGGGGGAGGCAGGCACUCUGGCACCCUGGCUAGCCCAGCACGGCCACCCCGGCCAGCAGGUUGCUGGGGUUCCCCAGGACUCCAGCGGGGAGGAGGAAGAUGACGGAGAAGCCUGAGCCCACCCCAGUGCUGAUGGCUGCUGAGCUGGCAGGUGCCAGCCCUCGGGAGGACGUUCGGUGGCCUCAGACCGCUCACACCGCCGGCUGGCAGACCGAAGCCACCCGUGGUCAGCCACCACCUCCGGUGGCCACAGCAUGGCUGGUGGCCCUGGCCCACACCCCAUGUCACACGUCACCCCAUGCAGCGGUGCCCUUCUCCCCCCUGCCCCAGGAGAAGGGCCCCCCAGAGCCCUGGGGCUGCCUGGUGCCCCCAUGGUCACUCAUGCCCCCCCGCCCCCAGCAUCAACUGCUUCUCCCAGCCAGCUCGAUGACAGCCUGGGGCCUCGCGGUGCCGGGGACAGCCAUCUGCACCGGGUACCGCUGGAAACCCUCUUUGCACCGGCGGGUGGUCGCAGCAGCUCCUGCCCGUGCAGCUUCGGUGCCCGGCCCCAGGCACCACCGUGACACUGGGGCCUGGCUCUGGGGGGAGCUGGGUGGACGGUGCCCCAGGGGUCUGGGGCAGGGGGGGGACACUGCUGCCCCCGGGAAUCCCUUUUACCUGCUAUUACCCUCUUCUGUUUUCUGCCCUUUUCUAUUUAUAAAAUACUUGAACUCCUGGCACCAGAGAGACAUAAAAUUGGCUAUUUUAAAGGAAAAGUGCUUUACCCCAGAACCUGGGAGUUGAGGGCAAAAGACAAAUCCCAAAUCCUUGGCCAGCAGCUUGGAAGAGGGUGGCAGCCCUGAGACACCCCCCCUCUGCCAGCACUGUCCCACACCCCGGAGGAGGGGGCCAGGCCUGCGGCACUCCCCCAACCACAGCCAGACCCGUGUCGGGACUUCCAGAUGCUGCUCUCGGACUUCUCCCAGCAUCGAGGUUUCUCAAUAAAGAUGCUGAGCCAAC